ACUCGCCAUCGUCCGUGCUGCACGUGCAAGAGCGUUAGUAAUAUAUACAUGACCAACUUCACUGACAACCAGUUCGACCCUCAGUGCGCGCGCGAGUUGAUCACAGUUGGAAACAUGGCAAAUAAUUACGUCUCCGCUCAACCCCAGCCCAUGGGAAUGCCGAUGAACCAGCCAGUGGGAAUGCCGAACCAAGGCCAGCCAAUGGGAAUGCCGAACUAUGGCCAACCAAUGGGAAUGCCGAUGGCACAACCGGUUGCCAUGCCAAUGAUCCAACCAACGCUGAAUAACCAGAGCAACACAACAGUGGUCGUAAACUCACAGCCUGGGUCUGGGUCAGAUAAAUCUUCCCGACCCUGGAGUUCGGGGCUUUGUGGUUGUUGUGAUAACUUCGGCAUUUGCGUGACUGUGAUGAUGUGUCCCGCCUGCUAUGCCUGCCACCUGGCGGGCAAGUCAGGGGAGUUCUGUUGUCUGCCGCUGUUGGUCCCAGGAUGGAUGAUAGCUCUCAGGGCGUACGUCAGGGGCAGACACCGUAUCUCUGGAACUAUUUGUGAUGAUUGCUUGAAAGUGACGUGUUGCUUCCAACUCGCCAUGUGCCAGUUGUCACGUGAAAUCGAUUUCAUCAAAGAUGGGAAGACGGCAUUGUAGUCACGUGACCAAUAAAUACCAUGUGCUAACUGUGAUCAAAAUAAAGGUGCUAAACAUGGUCACUGUUUCGGUGACCUUUA